UUGGGCUAAAGGCUUUAAGUCUUAUUCUUUGAAAGAACUAAAAUUUGAUAAACAGAGUUGAGUCUCAAAGAGUUUUGGGGAAUACUCAUACCAAAAUUAUAAAAGAAAUAUAAUCAAAGAUGAUGAAGGAGUUAAGGCAAACACUUUGUAUUCUAAAGCAGCAACUUCUUCGUUUCCAUCGAAGAAAUUGGUUAUGAAAUCAAGAUAUUCCAAGAAUAUGUAUCGAGUCCAAAGAAGUUUCAGGAUGAGUGGAAAUUUUGGCGGAGGUGAUGAACUAGAUCAAUCAUGCUACUGAGACACUAAUUCCAAUGAAGAAAUGACUACGCAAAAGAACUACUUCAAACCAUUCGGCAUGAGAAAUGUUUAAAAAUUCCAAAAUUUUCGACCCUAUAAAGCCCAAAUACACCUCCAAUCCCCACCCUCCUCUCACUCAUUCCAGCUCCCUCUCCCACCCAAAAUCGCGCUCAAAAGCUCUUCUCCCCCUCAAAAUCCACACACUUCCACACAAAAAUCCCAAAAUGCCCAAACCCCAGCACAAAAAUUCCCAAAACCUACAAUCCCGUUUACAGUCCAGUCUAAAACAUCAAAUAGACGUUUACAUAAAAUAAUGCGAAAAUUAAGGUGACACGAGGAGGGGAUUUUGACACUGAGAAAGAAGAAGAGAAGGCUCUAAAGCAGCCAAUCUUUGAGGUGGCUACGAGAGCGAAGAUACAGAAGAACAAACAAGAGAGCGGAUGGCUGAAAGGAGUAGAAAAGAAGGGCAUUAAGGAUUGGAAUGAGUACACUGACAGAUAUAAGGAGAAUCCUAAGUAUAUGAAAUACACAAAACUACUUCAGCCAAGUCAUAACUCCAAAUCUCCCCAAAAAGAACCCCCCUCUCGCCAGCCAGGUCACUUCUCCGUAUCCAUAACCCAAAAACCUACUCCAAAACCCCACCUCACACUUCUGAGCCAACCUUACCUAAAACCCCCAAAAAUUUAAAUCUCACUAAAAAUUCC